UUCCCUCCGGAACAUUAUAGAACGGACCUCUAUCGCCUGAGAACCCCGGACCUGUUUAAGUUUAGUUAUGAAUUCAGACGCGUCCUUGUUGUUAGAAACUGUGAAUUUUGCUGCAGAAAAACAUCGAAAUCAACGACGUAAAGACCCACAGGGGACGCCGUACAUUAAUCAUCCAAUUGGUGUUGCACGGAUACUCAGCUAUGAAGGAGGAGUCACAGACGUGGAGGUUUUGCAAGCGGCUUUGCUGCAUGACACUGUAGAGGACACAGACACCACCCUGGAGGAGCUGGAGGCCAAAUUUGGGCCGAUAGUAGCUCGUGUUGUCGAAGAGGUGACCGAUGACAAAAGUCUGCCGAAGCAGGAGAGGAAGCGUCUGCAAGUGGAGCAUGCACCUCACUGCAGUCGACAGGCUAAACUUGUGAAGCUAGCUGACAAGCUGUACAACCUGAGAGACCUAAACACCUCUACGCCUGUUGGUUGGUCAGCUGAGCGGGUCCAGGAAUAUUUUGUUUGGGCUGCUGAAGUGGUUAAAGGUCUUAAAGGAACUAACUCGGCUCUGGAAGAGAAGCUGGAAAUGCUGUUCAAACAGAGAGGGGUUCAACUCUAAGAGAAUAGCCUCUCCUCACUGAGAACAGACUGUUUACGUCACAUCUGAUACUGUUUUAAUAAGCCAUGAAAAUAAAUCUUGUUUUUAAUA